ACAGCCACAUCCAGUAUGAGCGGGUAGGCGCAGACGUGACCAUGAAGUGUGGCUCCAUGGACUGGGAUGCAGCUGUCACCUGGACGGUCAAUGGCACCGACAUUGAUGGGUCCCACCUCAACGGGUCCUACCUGAUCCUGAAGAAUGUCAACCUGACGCAGAGCGGCCAGUACUCCUGCUAUGAGGGCUCCUCCUGGCACCUCAAAUACCAGACCUACCUGAGGGUGGGAACCCCUCCGAAGGAGCCAGUGCUGAUGUGCCGGUCCAACAACUACCCGAAGGGUUUCUACUGCAGCUGGCACCUGCCCACUCCCACCUACAUCCCCAACUCCUUCAACAUCUCUGUCAUACAUGGCACGAGAGAGAUGGUCUGCGAGAAGGAUGUCUUUCCAAAAAACAGGUGUCACAUCAGAUACCUCCAGCUCUUCUCGACGGUGAAGUACAAGGUGACUCUGACAGUCACGAAUGCUCUGGGCAAAAACUCCACCACUCUCACCUUUGACGAGUUCACCAUAGUAAAGCCGGACCCUCCAGAGAGUGUGGUGGCCAAACCUGUGCCCAAUAACCCUCGGAGGCUGGAAGUGUCAUGGCAAAAUCCCUCAUCCUGGCCCGACCCCGAGUCUUUCCCACUCAAGUUCUUCCUGCGGUAUCGGCCCCUCAUCCUGGACCAGUGGCAACAUGUAAGUGAUGCUGAGCUGUCUGGGAUGGGAGGGA